CUUUCAGAAUUCAGACGUACUUGAGACUCAGAAAAAAACAGCCCAAAAAGAGCCCCCGGGAUAUCAAAUGGAUGCUUAGCUCUCACAGUACUGGGAAUGCUCUCUCUAAGGGAAAUUGGUUUUACCUGAAGAGAGACCGUUAUUAGCUAACAGCAUAGCACUCCUUGCCUUAUUUGUCUCAUAAUUGCUUGGAUUGGUGGACCGUCUGAAUGACAGCGGGUUAAGUGGGUCAAUCCCCAGCGAUCUUGUAGCAUUCAGCCUCAACGUUGUGUUCCUAGGAUAGCUAUGAAAAGGAAAAGGAAGUCAAUAGCUUAUCCCACCAAAGUAGGCAACAAAGAUGAACACAUUGAACAAAUGGGCCCUGUUAUAACAGAUCUUCCAAAGUUUAUUUGUCAAAUCAUUCUACUAAAGCUCCCAACAUGCAGCAUUCUCAUAUGCAAAUGUGUAUGCAAGACUUGGCGUGUGCUAAUUUCUGACCCGGAAUUUGCCAAGAUGCACUUUGCACAAGCAGAGGCCUAUCCCAUGGUCCGACCUUGGGGACCAACACGGGUGUCAAGAACCCUUUACUUGGUUGAACCUGAAGAUGACUUCAGUUUGGCUAUAAAGGACAAGGACUAUUUGUCCGAUUGUGACUAUGGCUCAUUGAAGUUUGACAAGUGUCAUUUCCGCAUGAAUCUUGCCAAAUAUAAAUUGCCAUUGCGGGAUGCUGAGAAGGUAAUGAAUAAUGACGAUAAUGUCAAUCUGAUGCGUAAUAGGAAACAUGGCACUAAAAGGAUGCCUUGCAUCAAGAUUAGGCCCAACGAUCACAAAUACAAUGUGGUGAAUUCGUGCAACGGCUUCCUUUGUUUGUCUGAACCAAUUUUUAAUGACCCAGUUGUUGUCUGCAACCCUGUAACAGGCGAGUUUAUGCACCUUCCUGAAGCUUCUAAGCAGGAGAACCAAAAGGUUACCAUCCACUGCGGAAUUGGUUUCAGUCCAAAAGCUAACAGAUAUAAGGUGGUGCGAAUCUUUGAUCACGGGUCACCUCAUCCUAUUACGAUGGCUGAGGUACACACUCUUGGGUCAAGUUCAUGGAAACUCAUUGGUAGUUGUCCCUGCUCAUCAUAUAACCAGCUAGCGUUCCCCACCUAUAUUGAAGGAGCACUUUAUUGGUUUUACUAUGAUCCUUUAAAAUAUGUCAUACUUUCAUUUGACUUGGACAGUGAGAACUUCCAAUCACUUCCACCACUGCCUUUUCAACGAGAGCAAUAUCGUAAUGUGAGCAUGGGAGUUUUGGGAAAUUGCCUUUGUGUCUGUGAUGCUCAUGGUAUUCAUAUCAAUUUGUGGGUACUGAAAAAUCAUGGUGCAAAAAGAUCUUGGAGGAGGAAGAUUUCUAUUGAAACAGAUCAUUCUGGGUUUGAUGGUGAAAGGUGGCCUUCUGGCUUAUAUAAACCAAUGAAAUACUGUAAGGAUGGGGGCUUGUUGAUGUUUAACUAUCGUACUAAUGCGUUGAUUUACCAUCACCCAAAAACCCACAGAUUUAUUUAUCUCAAGCUUCGUGGGAUCAAGUCAAAAUUUUCAGCUAUCAGUCAUGUUCCAAGCUUUAUUUCACUCAAGGACAUUUUGGUGGGGGAUGAUGUCAACAUACUGAAUAUAAAUUCAAGGUGUGCACAGAUGAAGCUGCUAGGAGAGACAAGAGCUCUUUUUCUGGAGGAAGAAAUUGCAGAUUUAGCAUCAGACUUUUUCACGUCUGAGAGUAGCGAUGAAGACUAAAAUAGAUCUGGAGGGCUGAGUGUCGAGUGCACUGUGCCCCAUUUUGCUGAAGGAUUAUAAGUGGCUGUAGUAUCUAUGUAGUUGGAACCUUGAUUCCUCUCACCUAAACUGACCCGCUACUAUUUUGUUCUAAGCUACUUUUGUUAGUCUUGCGUCCGAAAUUUACUUA